CGCGUCAAAGCUAUAUUAUAAAUAUAAAUAAUUUUAUAUUUAUGAUUUUCAAGCCUUUGAAACGCCCUUUAAAUACAACGGCAAUGGAUAUUGUCAAUUGUAUUCCAAAUAAAGUUCCUUCAAUAGACAGACGUUCAACGCAAGAAAUUGACGUUCUCCAGGCAGAAGCUCGUCGUUUAAAGUCUCUGAAUAAUGCGGCAGAAAUUGCCAAAGAAAUUGAACUGGCUGAUAAGUUUUUAAAAACUAAUUCAUGCUCCAAGUUACAAGUAAUCGCAGAACAAAUGCGUUUUUUACGCAAACAGGCAGAGCAAAUACUCUUAGAAGCGAAAAGGAAUACUUUUAUGCAUCGUGUAGCGUGCAAUUUUACCAAACAACCUGGCAAAAUUUAUCAUCUUUUUCAACGAGAAUCUGGAGAGUUGUAUUUUUCAAUGCUUAGUCCAGAGGAAUGGAGCGAUUUCUAUCCACAACAGACUUAUAAAGGGUCUUUUAGACUAGAAAAUGAUAGCACGUGGACAGCGCUAUCCAACACUCACAUUAAAGACAAAGAACUCGGAGCGAUUGAUAAUGCUUAUCAAAAAGCUGAGAAUCCAAGUGCCUUUAUAACUGAAUACAUGUGCAUCGAUAACAAUUGA